UCACCCGAGACCAACCAGGAAACAGUCGCCGUCGGUGAGUGAAGAGAUGCAGACUGACGACCAGACUCUGUCCUCUGACUGUGUCCUGCUGCAGAAGACAAGUGUCCACACAGUAAAGGCUCCGCCCCCUUCACCUGGCUCACCCGAGACUAACCAGGAAACAGUCAGUCGCCGUCGGUGAGUGAAGCGUGAAGACCAGACUCUGUCCUCUGACUGAGUCCAGCUGCAGAAGACAAACGUCCACACACUGAAGACAAAAUGGCCUCCAGAUCAGAGGAAGAUCUCUGCUGUCCCGUCUGUCAGGAGGUCUUCAGAGAUCCUGUCCUUCUGUCCUGUAGCCACAGCUUCUGUAAAGACUGUGUGAAGACAUGGUGGAGAGACAGACCAACACCAGACUGUCCUGUUUGUAAGAGAAGGUCUUCAAAGGAUGAACCACCCUGUAACCUGGUUUUAAAGAACAUGUGUGAGACCUUCUUACAGGAGCGAGGUCAGAGGUCUUCAGAGGUUCUCUGCAGUCAGCACUCUGAGAAACUCAGACUCUUCUGUCUGGACCAUCAGCAGCCAGUGUGUCUCGUCUGCAGAGACUCAAAAAACCACAUCGGCCACAAGUUCAGACCCAUCGAUGAAGCUGCACAAGAACACAAGGAGCAACUUCAGGAAACUCUGGAGACCUUCAAGAAGAACUUAAAGAGUCUGGAAGAAGUUCAGGUGAAGUUUGAUCAAACAGCAGAACACAUUAAAGUCCAGGCCCGACGCACAGAGACACGGAUGAAGGAGCAGUUUAAGAAGCUUCAUCAGUUUCUACAAGAGGAAGAGGAGACCAGGAUGGCUGCACUGAGGGAGGAAGAGCAGCAGAAGAGUCUCAUGAUGAAGGAGAAGAUGGAGGCUCUUCACAGAGAGAUAGAAGCUCUAUCAGAUACAGUCAGAGCCACAGAGGACGAGCUGAGAGCUGAAGACAUCGUCUUCCUGCUCAACUACAGAGAGCAGCAGCGCCCCCUGCUGGAGCCUCCACAGCUGCACUCAGGAGCUCUGAUAGACGAGGCCAAACACCUGGGCAACCUGGCCUUCAACAUCUGGAACAAGAUGAAGGACGUGGUCUCCUACAGCCCUGUGGUUCUGGACCCAAACACCGCUCAUCCAAAACUCAUCGUGUCUGAAGAUCUGACCAGUGUGAGACGAGAAGACAGACAGAAGGUUCCUGAUAAUCCAGAGAGGUUUGAUUAUUACAACAGUGUCCUGGGCUCUGAGGGUUUGAACUCAGGAACUCACAGCUGGGACGUCCACGUUGGAGACAAUAAAGAGUGGACAGUGGGAGUUUUAGAGUCUGGCCUGAGGAAAGGAGAAGACAUGCUGUCUGGAUUAUGGGGGAUAGAGUUAUCUGAAAAUAAAUACUAUGAAUGGUCAUCAGGUAAAGGCUCUGUUCUCCAGCUGAAUAUGAAGAUCCAGAAGAUCAGAGUGAGUCUGGACUGGGUGAGAAGACGACUGUCCUACUCUGAUGCUGAUACUAACACGCUCAUACACACACACUCACACACUUUCACACACACCAUGUUUCCAUUCAUUAACAAUGCUGACGUUAUUGAUCGUCUCCCAGUGAAGAUGUUACCAGUGAAGGUUUGAAGGUUAAAGGGACAGUUCACAGAAGUGAAGCUGUUCAACUUCACGUCUCUUUCACUCUCUUCACUCGUUCUUCUCUCCUUUCAGAGUUUGUGGUUUUUUCACUUGUAUAAAUAUGAUUUCACUGACAACUUUUUCUUCAGAUUUGAAUAUUAAGAUAUUAUAUUAGUGAAAUAUUAGGGUCUAAUUAUAGUUAAUCAAUACUUAUUCUGUACUCCUGUACACUUAGUUAAGGGAUGCAUGUUUCCCAACAGAUUGUGACUGUGUUAACUCUUAUUAAGAGUAGCUUUAUAAAUGUUUUUUUAAGGUCAGGUAUGAAGUGGUUUUCUACAUGUGACAUGUUUGUCUGUGAACAUGUAAUACAGAGACUGUGAUCACUUUGUGUCUCACUGACUUU